AAAGCAACAAAGAUGACACCAAAGUAGCUUUUGUAGUCAUCAACUCAUCACUCUGCAACGGAAAAAAUAAAAAUCGCUACAUUUCAGUCUCUUCCUAAAAUCGCAUCUUUUGCAGUAUAUUAUACAGGCCUGAAGGAUAAUCUGAUUGGAUAUUGAGUUUCCAAAUGGGCAGCAUCAGUUCUGAGAAACUAAGGUUUUGCAUUGACCGAGGGGGCACAUUUACUGAUGUAUAUGCUGAAGUCCCUGGUCAAACGGAAGGCCGUGUUAUGAAACUUUUAUCCGUUGAUCCUUCUAACUACGAUGAUGCUCCAGUUGAAGGCAUUCGAAGAAUAUUGGAAGAAUACACAGGGGAAAAAAUCCCUCGGUCCUCCAAGAUUUCCACCGACAAAAUUGAGUGGAUACGAAUGGGCACAACUGUGGCUACAAAUUCCCUUUUAGAGAGGAAAGGAGAAAGGAUUGCUCUAUGUGUUACUCAAGGUUUUAGGGACCUGCUGCAAAUUGGAAACCAGGCUCGUCCAAACAUAUUUGACCUCACUGUAUCCAAGCCCUCUAAUCUUUACGAAGAGGUGUUGGAGGUUGAAGAGAGAGUUGAGCUUGUUCUUGAUACUGAAGAGAAUGUCAACUCAGCACACGUAGUCAAAGGUAUUUCAGGCGAACUUAUGAGAGUUGCAAAGCCAUUGAAUGAAGAAUCUUUGAGGCCUUUGCUGAAAGGGCUGUUGGAGAAGGGAAUAAGUUGUCUGGCUGUUGUCUUAAUGCACUCUUACACCUACCCGCAGCAUGAGAUCUCUGUGGAGAAGUUAGCCUUGAGCAUGGGUUUUAGACAUGUAUCCUUGUCUUCGGCAUUGACACCUAUGGUUCGAGCAGUUCCGAGGGGUCUAACUGCUAGUGUGGACGCAUAUCUUACUCCAGUUAUUAAAGAUUAUUUGUCUGGAUUCAUAUCUAAAUUUGAUGAAGGCUUGGGGAAGGUUAAUGUUCUAUUUAUGCAAUCAGAUGGAGGACUGGCACCGGAAAGUAGAUUUUCAGGUCAUAAAGCAGUUCUGUCAGGCCCUGCUGGUGGUGUUGUUGGUUACUCGCAGACUUUGUUUGGGAUCGAAACUGAUAAGCCUCUUAUUGGGUUUGAUAUGGGUGGUACAUCCACGGAUGUCAGCCGUUAUGCUGGUGAUUAUGAACAAGUGCUUGAAACUCAGAUUGCAGGAGCAGUUAUCCAGGCCCCUCAGCUUGACAUAAACACUGUUGCUGCUGGUGGAGGAUCAAAGUUAAAAUUCCAGUUUGGAGCCUUUAAGGUGGGACCAGAAUCAGUGGGUGCUCAUCCGGGCCCUGUGUGCUAUAGGAAGGGAGGUGAAUUAGCAGUUACAGAUGCAAAUUUAGUGCUGGGAUAUGUUAUUCCUGAAUAUUUUCCUUCGAUUUUUGGGCCCAACGAAGACCAGCCCUUAGAUGUUUGCACAACCAGAGAAGAGUUCAAGAAGCUUGCUGAACAAAUAAAUUCGCACAGGAAGAGCCAGGAUCCAUCAGCAAAAGACAUGUCUGUUGAAGAGAUAGCUCUUGGGUUUGUCAAUGUUGCCAACGAGACAAUGUGUCGUCCUAUACGCCAAUUGACAGAGAUGAAAGGCCACGAGACACGGAAUCAUGCUCUUGCGUGCUUUGGCGGCGCUGGCCCCCAACACGCCUGUGCUAUUGCUAGGGCUUUGGGCAUGAAAGAGGUAUUAAUUCAUAGGUUUUGCGGCAUACUGAGUGCAUACGGCAUGGGACUAGCUGACGUUGUGGAAGAGACUCAAGAGCCGUAUUCUGCUGUUUAUUGCGCUGAAUCUGUUCAAGAAGCCUCUCAUAGAGAAGCCAAGUUGCUACAGCAGGUGAAACAUAAGCUGCAAGAACAAGGCUUUAGAGAAGAGAACAUCAAAACUGAGACUUAUUUGAAUUUGAGAUACGAGGGCACGGAUACAGCCAUCAUGGUCAAAAGACAAGAAAAUGAUGAUGAAUCAGUAUUUGACUACACUACUGAAUUUGUGAAGCUUUUUCAGCGGGAAUAUGGAUUCAAUCUACAAAACAGGAACAUCCUUGUUUGCGAUGUAAGAGUUCGUGGUAUAGGAGUCACUAAUAUCUUGAAACCUAAAGCUCAGGACCCUGCUUCAGGAAGUCCAAAAUUUGAAUGUCUUUGUAAGGUUUAUUUUGAAGACGGCUGGCAAGAAACACCCUUGUUCAAGCUCGAAAAGCUGGGUUAUGGCCAUACCAUCUCUGGCCCUGCUAUUAUCAUGAAUGGUAAUAGUACACUGAUUGUGGAGCCAAAUUGUAAAGCUAUGAUAACAAAUUACGGAAACAUUAGAAUUGAGAUAAGCUCAACUUCAAACAUAUCAAAACUUUCAGAAAAAGUUGCAGAUGUAGUACAGCUUUCAAUUUUCAGUCACAGGUUUAUGGGAAUAGCUGAGCAGAUGGGACGAACCCUACAGAGGACUUCAAUAUCAACAAACAUAAAGGAACGACUGGAUUUUUCCUGUGCUCUUUUUGAUCCUGAUGGAGGGCUUGUUGCUAACGCCCCCCAUGUUCCUGUGCAUCUUGGAGCUAUGUCAAGUACUGUUUGUUGGCAAUUGAAGUACUGGGGUGAUAAUCUAAAUGAAGGAGAUGUGCUGGUCACCAAUCAUCCAUGUGCUGGGGGUAGCCAUCUUCCUGAUAUAACUGUUAUUACUCCUGUAUUUGAUAAUGGAAAAUUGGUGUUUUUUGUGGCUAGUAGGGGACAUCAUGCCGAAAUUGGAGGAAUCACUCCUGGAAGCAUGCCCCCUUUCUCCAAGGCCAUAUGGGAAGAAGGGGCAGCCAUCAAAGCCUUCAAGCUUGUGGAGAAGGGCGUGUUUCAAGAGGAAGGUAUUGUCAAACUUCUUCGGUACCCAUGCUCUGACGAUCCUGCUCAUAAAAUCCCAGGAACCCGGAGGCUCCAAGACAACUUAUCAGAUCUCCAUGCACAAGUAGCUGCUAACCAAAGAGGCAUUUCACUUAUCAAAGAGCUUAUUGACCAGUAUGGUCUGGAAACUGUAAACGCAUACAUGAAAUAUGUACAGCUUAAUGCAGAAGAAGCCGUCAGAGAAAUGCUCAAAUCAGUGGCUGCUAAAGUAUCAUCAGCAUCUAGUGGGCCUGAAACAGGAGACAGUAUAACCAUUGAAGAAGAAGAUUACAUGGACGAUGGUUCUACAAUUCAUUUGAAACUUACAAUUGAUUCAAAGAGUGGAGAAGCAUUGUUUGACUUCUCUUCAACAAGCCCGGAAGUAUAUGGCAAUUGGAACGCACCAGAAGCAGUUACGGCCGCUGCAGUCAUAUAUUGCCUCCGCUGUUUGGUUAACGUUGACAUUCCUCUAAAUCAAGGUUGUCUUACCCCUGUCAAAAUCUAUAUCCCUCCAGGCUCUUUUCUUUCUCCAAGUGACAAAGCUGCAGUGGUGGGAGGCAAUGUUCUCUCAUCCCAGAGAGUCACUGAUGUCAUACUCUCCGCGUUCCAGGCUUGUGCCUGUUCUCAAGGUUGCAUGAACAAUCUGACUUUUGGGGAUGACACAUUUGGUUACUACGAGACAAUCGGAGGUGGGUGUGGAGCUGGUCCAAGUUGGGACGGAACUAGUGGGGUCCAGUGUCACAUGACAAAUACUCGCAUGACCGAUCCUGAGAUUUUUGAGCAGAGGUACCCUGUAAUUCUGCACAAAUUUGGGCUUAGGGAGAAUAGUGGAGGUGCUGGGGUUCACAGAGGAGGAGAUGGGCUUGUGAGGGAGAUUGAGUUCAGACAGCCAGUCACUGUGAGCAUUCUUUCCGAAAGACGUGUUCAUGCUCCGAGAGGAUUGAAAGGAGGACACGACGGGGCCCGUGGCACUAAUUACCUAAUUACUAGAGAUAAGAGGAAAGUGUAUCUUGGAGGCAAAAAUACCAUUCAUGUACAGGGUGGAGAUACUGUUGUUAUUUUAACUCCUGGUGGAGGUGGAUACGGUUCUCCUCUAUAAAAGUUAGAUGAUACCUGUAGAACUUUGGAUGCGUACUGAACAAAGGUAAGUGUGCAUUACUUGAAAUAGAUGACAUGAAUAGAGGCAAGAAAACUUUUUUCUUUUUUCCUUCAUGAAGGUGAAAAUAAUAGCAAGACAUGAAUAAUGAACAUUUUUAUUGCUAA